AUGCCUCCAACAUCCCAUGCCUCCAGUGACGAGGGAUGGGAGAACGAAGAACGUAUUCAAAUGUCUCAAUCGCAGCGUGAAGCAGAUCCAACCAGUCUCAACCAUGUUCGGAGCCAUGUCUCUCACCAUGAUAUGCCGGCGACAGAUGAAUUUCAUGAAGUCGACGCAGAACAAUAUCUCCGCUUCUCACCAGCUCGCAAAGUUGUCAUCGUUGCUAUCCUCUCCUUCUGCUCUUUCCUAGCACCCAUCUCAUCGACCUCUAUCCUCGCCGGUGUUCCUGAAGUGGCAAAAACAUACGACACCACCGGCAGUGUGAUCAACGCCAGCAAUGCCCUGUACAUGGCUUUUAUGGGUAUUGCAGCACCUUUCUGGGGCCCUUUCAGUCAAGUCUGGGGACGACGUCCAAUCUUCUUCAUAAGUGCUUUGCUAUUCUUUGCUUUCAGCAUCGGCACAGCUCUAGCCCCCAACUUACCAGCAUAUUACAUCUUCCGUGUCCUCACUGCCUUCCAAGGAACGUCCUUCUUGGUAGUUGGAAGUUCCGCUCUAGGCGAUAUCUACGAGCCGCGUGCUCGUGCAACAGCCUUAGGCUGGUUCCUAUCAGGAACCCUAAUCGGACCGGCUUUUGGUCCGUUCAUUGGUGGAGUGAUCGUCACAUUCCGCUCCUGGCGAGAUAUAUUUUGGCUCCAAACCGCACUAGGGGGCUUCGGCACCGUACUCGUAUUCUUCUUCUUCCCAGAAACAUACCCCCAUCUAACGAAAAACGACCUAUCCGAACGAACAACAUUCCAAAAAGCAAAAUUCCUCUGGAAUCGCAUUUCUCCACUCCGCGUUGCCAUCAUGCUCUUCACAUAUCCAAACCUUUUCUGCACUGGCCUCGGGGCUGGUGCUCUAGUGUGGAACCAGUAUUCCCUCCUCACGCCUAUCCGCUAUGUUUUAAAUCCUCGCUUCCAUCUUACAAGUCCCAUUCAAUCUGGCCUUUUCUAUAUUGCUCCUGGAUGUGGAUAUCUAGUUGGGACCUUCAUGGGUGGAAGAUGGGCGGACCAUACAGUUAAGAAAUGGAUCCGCAAGCGUGGUGGUGUUCGUGUCGUGUUUGUUCUUCCUCGGGGGGUUGUGCCUGGCUCUAUCUUGAUCUAUGGUUGGACGGUUGAGAAGGCUGUUGGCGGUAUUCCGGUUCCCGUGCUGGCGAUGUUUUUCCAAGGUGUUGCGCAGCUGUUCUGCUUUCCUAGUCUCAAUACUUAUUCUUUGGAUGUCAUGCAGUCUAGUGGAAGGAGUGCGGAGGUCGUUGCAGGGAGUUAUAUGUUCCGGUAUUUCUUCGGUGCGCUUGGGUCUGGGCUUGUUCUUCCUGCUGUUGAGGCCAUGGGGGUUGGAUGGUUUAGUACCAUCAGUGCCUCGUUUUUGUUUUGCUCUGGGGUUGGUGUCUGGCUUACGACAAUCUUUGGUGACCAGUGGCGGGACAAGAUUGAAAAGAAGGAACUGCGCAAGGCUGAGAAACAUGCUGAAGCUCUGCAGCAGGAUACCGAAAAGUGUGAGACGGCGGCAUGA